CCCCAGUGACACCUGUUACUGUUGCGGGAACGGCGUCGAUCGGUUCCCGUUUACCUCCAAAAGACAUUUUUUGAAAUCUUCGCUAAAAGACUUAAGUGAUUUAAUCCUUUAAUACUCAUCCUAAUUUGUGAUUUAUCUUAAUUUCUUUUCAUUCCAUUUCAGUUCCUUCAGUAAUAUCCCUUCAAGACUGUUUUGAAUAAUCUAAUUUUAUUUCAAAAUUUGACUCUAUAACUAAACCUUGUAUUUCUAAGAAUUUUUAAAAUACUGAUCAACAUUUUUCGGGGUUAUGGAAAACAGUUUUGUUAAAUACACAUCAAACAUUUUCCUUUUUUACUUUGUUUUCUUCAUAUUGUGAUUAUUUUUGAGUGCAUCUGAUUAUCUAUUUUUGAGUGAACUUAACAAUUUUUCGACGAUGGUUGCCCGAAACUUCGUUCAAGAUUUACCCUACUCAAGACUUCUUCAAGUUCCCGAUGAUGAUAGAGAGUACAUCACCUUAGAGGAAUUAAAACCAUCGGUUAAUCAAAGUUUUUCACCGCAAAGUUAUCAACCAACUUAUUAUGAAUUACAUAAUAUGGUCGAUGAUCCUUGUUCUUCAUCGAUUUCUUAUCAAUCCCAUCAACAAUCUCAAUUAUUGGAUAUGCCCCAUGUCAAUAGCACCAAUACAAAUGGAUCAUCAUCCGGAUCGAACAGAAAAAGAAAGGCAUCAUUUCACGAAACCAGUGAUAUGGAAGAUGAAACAGGUGAUGACGCAAAAUCAGUCAAAACCACCGAUGAAAACAAAAAACAAAAUCAUAGUGAAAUCGAGAAGAGGCGAAGAGAUAAAAUGAACACUUACAUCACAGAAUUAUCAGCGAUGAUUCCAAUGUGUCACGCUAUGUCCAGAAAAUUGGAUAAAUUAACAGUUUUAAGAAUGGCGGUUCAACAUUUAAAAACCAUAAGAGGUGCGGUUCAUUCUUAUACGGAAGGACAUUAUAAACCAUCGUUUUUAUCGGAUCAAGAACUAAAACAGCUUAUAUUACAGGUAGCUGAUGGUUUUUUAUUUGUGGUGGGUUGUGACCGAGGAAGAAUUCUUUACGUCUCCGAGUCAGUAUCUAAAGUUUUAAAUUAUUCUCAGGGUGAUUUACUGGGUCAGAGUUUAUUUGACAUUCUCCAUCCUAAAGAUGUUGCUAAAGUUAAAGAACAACUCUCAUCUUCGGAUUUAAAUCCUCGUGAAAGACUGAUCGAUGCUAAAACUAUGUUACCUGUAAAAACGGACGUCCCGCAGAACGUAACUCGUUUAUGCCCUGGAGCUCGAAGAUCGUUCUUUUGCAGGAUGAAAUGCAGACAUUCAUCUCAAGUUAAAGAAGAAGCUGACACCACAACUGGUUGUCAUCGAAGAAAAAAACAAAAUUCGGAUAAAAAGUACCAAGUUAUACAAUGUACGGGUUAUUUAAAAUCUUGGGCACCGGCAAAAAUAGGGUUGGAAGAACAAGAAGGUGAAACUGAUGAUUCUUGUAAUCUUUCGUGCUUGGUGGCUGUUGGAAGAACUCUUCCGCAUAUCUCUACGGUUGCAGCGGCAACCGCCACUAAAACAAAAACAAACAUUCGGCCAAUUCAAUUUAUUUCAAGACAUGCCUUAGAUGGCAAAUUUUUGUUUGUCGAUCAAAGAGCUACUUUGGUGUUAGGUUUUUUACCUCAAGAGUUAUUGGGGAGUAGCAUGUACGAAUAUUAUCAUCACGAUGAUAUUCCUACAAUUGCGGAUUGUCAUAAAUGCGCUUUACAAACUACCGAGAGAGUUUCAACGAAUGUUUACCGGUUUCGAACGAAAAACGGAGGCUUUGUCCGCCUGCAAAGUGAAUGGAAAAGUUUUAAAAAUCCGUGGACGAAAGAAAUCGAAUACAUGAUUUCAAAAAAUAAUUUAAUUUUAACUGACUUUAGGACCGUUGAAAGUACAGCUGGUAGAUCGGAUGGAAUACAAGAAAAUUUUGACUUUUUCGUACAAAGUGCCGGAAGAGACAUGCAAAGGUUAAUUAACAAUCACGUCGAAGCGAGUAAAAUUGGUCGUCAAAUUGCGGAACAAGUUAUGGACUCGCAAAGAAGAGUGGAGGAAAAUUCUUCUGGUGGUAGUCCAGAUCCGGAUUCUGAAUCAACUAUACAAGUUACUAAUGAUUCUCACAUAUCUACAAGUAUCCCAUCGGAUCAACAAAGAAUAACACAACCUAUUCACGAAUAUAAUCAACCAACACAAAACAAUUCGUUUAACCACGUUAGAAAUAACGUUUCGUUAUUAAACGUUGUGAACGAUCCAGUAGGUGGUAAUCCAGAGGAAGGAAUAAUGGACAUGAUGGAGGAAGCAGUACGGGAAUCACCUAGUAAUGGACCAACCACUGAUGGAAAUGAUGAAGCUGCUAUGGCUGUUAUUAUGAGUUUACUAGAAGCAGAUGCUGGAUUGGGUGGUCCAGUUGAUUUUUCCGGUUUACCAUGGCCUUUGCCAUGAUCAUUAAAAUAAAAAGAAAAUGUUUACAAAAAUUAAUUACAUUCAAUUCUAUAAGAUUUGUUUUGUUUUUGAAGUAGUAGGGUGUAAUAAAAUCUCUUCAAAUGUAUAUUAAUUAAUUUACGAAUAAAAUUUCGUAAUUAAAUUGAAACUAACAUUAAAAAGCUGUGCCAAACAAUAUGUAAUACUACAAUGAUUAAUAGGUUAUUGUCGUUUAUGUGAUAUUAUGAAUAAAUAACUUAGCAAAUUAA